AUAAAUUUAGCAAGAUUAUUGUUAAAAAAUUAAAUUAUGUUAAAAAAUUUUAAAUCAUCAAAAUUUAUAAUAUAAUGUAAAUACCUUAAAGCGCAGGCGGUUGCUUUAUCAUAGAUUUAUUAAUAGUAAGAGUCAUUGCUCUAUCUUUCUUUCUCCAUCGAUGUAAUUGUACAUGUUCUAUAAUCUUAUUAUUUUCUCACUGGUUUCCAUCGUAAGCACUCGCGCCGAGUUACGUAAAUAAAAGCAAAAGUAGUUUAGGUAAUCGGCCGAUUGUUUCGAUCACACCGAUUGGAGCGCGUCACGGUUGGUAAAUUUUUCUAACAAAAGAAUAAAGAUUUAUGCUAGGUAGGGAAUAUCUGUUAUUUACCACGAGUCAAUAUAAAGGCAUUUUACACGAAGACACGAUCACUUGAUGAGAAAGUGAUGUAGAUUGUGGUUAUCUUAUUGAAUCAAAAAUACAAAUCCGUUCGCGUGGGUUUUAGAAAGCGAUCGGUGGUCUUCGAAAAUGUCUUGCUGCAAGAUAUAUUUAACGCUAUCAGCUCUAAUUACUUGUCACGUAAGUGCAAAUUUUGAGUAUGAGAGUUUGAAAAGUUUGAGUCCGGAGGACACAUUGCGACCUUGGAAUAAGCAGUAUCAAGUUUAUGAGGGUGCUCCCUCUGAGAGUCUGCCUUAUUAUAAUUUUUAUGUAUCGAGCAAAGAUCAACCUAUAGAUCGUUUUGGAAGCCCAUCUAAACUUUUGCCAAUUAAGAAAGAACCCAUUGAGGAGAAAAACUUGAAAAAGAUUCCAUUUUAUACGUUUACUAAUAAAGAUUCCACAAAGUACAAAGAAUUGACUCCUAAUUUGGGAAUUGCGCAUUGUCAAGAGAUUAAGGUGAAAUCGGUCGGAAAAGAUGGUGAACCGAGAAAAGGCAUUACAACCUGUUACAAUUGCAAGGAUCCAAAAACUAAAUCCACGUAUGAACGUUGUUUAUAUAGUAGUCAUCCGGAAGAGAGUACAUCCGCUAAUACAAGAGUGGAACGUUAUUUAUCCGCGCCUCCUAGCUUCAGAUUUCGAAGGUCCAGUUCGGAAAGAAACGAAAAUAAUUAUGGAAGACGGCGGAAUCCUUACCGAUUCACUGAUGAAUAUUUUACGGGUGCAAGCCAUGAUGUACCGGCUGCAUACGAAAACAAGGGAGAAAAAUGUGACAAGAUUGUGAAAGACUCUAUGGUGUGUAUGGUGUGCAAAGAUGCUAAAACUAAUGGCAAAUAUGAGCAAUGCUCGUACGUAAAGCAACCGCAUGAGAAAGCGUACUCUUAUGUCAAAACCAGCUCAUUUGGGAAACCUCAAGAAAAAAAAGAUAGCGACGAAAGUCCUGAGUUAACUUCUCAUUCCGAAGUCGAAGAUUUAGAAGAGCCUAAUCGACAAAAAGGUCAUAAUCCGAGUACUGUAGAGUCUAGUGAUAGUGAUUCUUAUUAUCCUAAAGAAUAUUCUGAGAAGGCUUCAACAGUGAACGAACAAGAAGAAGUACAAGAUGCUCCUUCAGCAGAUUGUAAAGAGGUACAAAAGGAUUCCAAGAGCUGCACGGUGUGCAAGGACCGUAAGACAGGUGGUACAUACGAAAAAUGCACUUACGAUUAUCAACCCAGUGAUAAGUUAUAUAAAUACAGUAGAUCGAAAAGUUUUGGAUAUCCGGAUAAGACCUCGGAUUCUACUCAGGAUUUGAACAAAAAGAGUCAAACAUCGAAGAAUUUUGAUUAUCCGCAAAGUUCCGAUUCCACGCAUGAUUAUCUAGAUAAAUCGGAACACUCUACUUAUCCACGGAGUUCCGAGAAAGUCGUAGAAGCUCAACAAGUCCCGAAUGAUUCCGAUGGCACAUCUCACGAUUCACCCGACUACAGCAGCGAUUAUUCUAAUUCUGAAGGUUCGAGUGAUUACCAAUUUCCGUCGCGUAAUAACGACCCUGAAUCUUAUGGAGGUCAAGGGGCACCUUCCUCAAAAUCCAUUUCAGAGCGCUACUCCGAAAAUAUCAGCGCAGACAAUUGUAAAACAGUUCAGAAGGAUUCAAUGACGUGCAAGAUCUGCAAGGAUCCAAAGACAGGCAACGAUUUUGAACAGUGUUCAUACUCGUAUCAACCUAGUGACAAGCUUUAUUCUUAUAGUAAAUCCAGCUCGUUUGGCAAUCCACAGAACGAUAGAUCCGAGGAAACGCCGCACGAUGACGAGCAUUCAUCGGACAGUUCUGAGAUUGCGAAGAAGUCUUAUGACGAAUACGUUCCAGGACAAGUUUACGAAGCUUCAACAGCGGACGAAAUAAAGUCUGAGGAUGACGCGAAAGGAAGUAAAAGCGUGGACGCCGGAUACUUGGAUACCGCGAAGAAGAAGGCCGAGAUCGAGGAGUUUAUGCAGAAUUUUCGGAAGGAGGACCGGUCGAAGUGUAAAAAGAUAAUGCGAGAUAAGAUGACUUGCUAUCAGUGUGUCGACGAGGAAGGCUUUCAGAAGGAGGAAUGCGCGUUCGUCACUGGACAAGAACCUGACAAGGAUCAGCUCGUAUUUCACGAGACAAAAGAAUUUCAGGUUGACGCCGUGCCGCGUACUCGCGAUUUCAAACCUUCAGGCUCGACAAAAACGAAGACAAAGAAGGCGGUAGAAUCUUUAGAACCUAGUGCAUCUGCGAGCAGAAAUUCUUACGUUAGAAUAGAGAAACCGGAUAACGAUUAUCCUGAUGAGGCGACGCACCCGGCGGAGGAAACGAAAGCAGAGGCCGAACCGUAUGACUACACAUCGGAAACGAGAGCGAAAUACGACAAGGUUCUUAGAUUAACUCUUCCGGCGUACAUGUUUACCACUUCGGAACAUGAAGCGGCAUUCGACGAAAUCGUAGCUUCCAGCCAUGAUCAGCGCUAAAUUAGGGUGUUUCUUGAAACUUAUCGCUUCUUUUUAUUAUUACGUAGCCAGUUAUCUUUUAUCUAUAUGUUAGAAAUUGUUCGGAAUCACUGCACCAAUUGCUAAACUAUCACCCGUGAAUGACUAUUUAAGAAAAAUGUUAAAGUAAUGAGGCUUUAUAAAAUAAUCAAUUGUAAAAUGGCAUUUUUAUCAAAAUUAUUAUUAAUUAUUAUUAGAAAAAAUUAUUAUUAGUAUCAAGAUCUGCUUCGACCAAUAAUGGUGCUCUCUUCUUUUGUGUUUGACAUUGUCAUUUAAAAUCGAUCAAUUUUCAUUUAAUAUCAUUAAUAUUUUUUGAAUCCAAUUACAGAUUUGAUUAAAAUAUCAUCUUUUGUUUAAAAGUACAAUUAUAUUAUUUUUAUUUGUUUGUUGACUGCUUCAAUUUCUUAUUUGUUCAUUAAUUAGUGCAGUGACCCUAUGAGAUAUUAUACUCGAGCGUUUUCAUUGUACUUGAGAAUAUUAGCAUUAUACCUUUGUUAUCUAGUUUAUAGUAUUUAGGGUUUAGUCGAAUACACAUAACUUGAUAUUUGUAAUUAAACGAAUUCUUGUUGAUGCAAUGUAAUCAUUCAGUUUAUCAUAUUAUAACUUACUGAGACAUUGCAUCAUAAGGCACCAUUUAAUGAAUUUAAUUGAAUGAAUUUAAUAUCGUUAAACCGUAAUUAUUUUUAAUUAUUUCUGAACAUCUAAUAAAGUUUAUCGUAAUUAGUA